CAAAUUGGUUUUGGAAAAAUUAUAAAUGACAAAGAGUAAAUGAUAUUAAUAGUGAAACUGAAAUGAGUAAUUUAUUGCAUAUUAUUGACAUUUUUACUUGUCUAAAAGUGUUUUUUAAAUCAACAUCCUGAUGAUUUUUAAAAGGUAAAAUGACUUGAAAAUGAAGAACAGUUGUAAUGAACAGCUGGAGGCUAAGAUAGCCGAACGUGAUGAACGAGCUAGGAAAGUUUAUCGGUAUGUGAGUGAUGUGUCGAGACGCAUUGGCGAAGCAACAGCUCAAUGUACAAGUCUAUCGGAUUUGUUUGCAACAAAUAUCGAAGUACAGAGACAGAAAUUACGUGAGAAUUGCGAAAAACUAUUUUUUUGCGAUCCUAUAAACUAUGGAAAGAAAUCACUUGAACUGCUUUGGCGAAAAGUUUACUAUGAGACUGUGUGUGCUGCAAAAAAGUUUAGGGAAUCUAAUAAUGAAUUUGAUGGAUAUUUAUGUACUCAUAUAAUGAGUGGUAUCGGACAUUUUCAUCACAUCAUAACAAGAAUCGAGUGUGAAAUGAAAGUGAGGAUUAAAGAGUUGGACUAUACCCCUCUACAUGUUGAUGAAGAUAAUGAAGAUAAAAAAGAAAGUUAUGAACAUGAGCUCCAAUUUGCUAAAUCAUCACUUUUUUCCUGUUUAAUUUAUCUAGGUGAUCUAUGCCGUUACCAAGCUGAAAUGUCCAAUGCAUUUGAUCCAUCAAUAGCAGCUCGUUACUACUUGCAAGCCAGUCAAGUAGAUUUGUCAUCAGGCAUGCCAUACAACCAGUUGGGCAAUUUAUUUCUCGACAAAAAUUAUAAUUUGGAUUCAGUCUCACAUUAUAUUCACUGUUUGAGCUCUGUGUCACCCUUUGAAGGAGCUAUUGGAAAUUUAGUGAAAAUAUUUGAAAAGAACAAUCAAUUUCUAGAAACUAUCAAUGAUUCAGAGACUAGUACACAAACUGAACAUAUACAAAAUACAAUUGCUGAGUUCCUAUCACUCACUGAAAUAUGGUUUCUUGGCAAAGAUGAUACCAAUGUCCCCAAAUUGUGCAGUAAUAUAGCGCAAAAGCUCAAAAUUGGAAUGGAUUUUAGUGGUAACCCUUUACCAGAUAUAAAUAAAAAUUAUACUGAACAUGUGCAGGCUUUUGAGGAAGAACAAAUCAAUCCAUCCUAUUUAAAUUCUAGUAUGAUACACAACAUUGUGGAAAUAUGUCUCUUUACGAAUGCAAAACUGGUUGAGAUAGACGAGCCUAAGGCAUUUGCUUCUAAAGCGUUUACUUUAGCCUUUUUGGCUCAACUGUUACAAAAAUUACACAAGCAUUUGGAGUCUCUGGGCCUAAAAAGUCCAGCAUAUCAAUACAUACCUAGAGUUCAACUACAGGAACUUAAAGAAGGUGAUAAAAAUGUAACUGAAGAAGUAACAAGACCAGAAGAAAAUGUAAUGUUGAAUGGGAAAGAUAACAAUGUUAGGAGUGAAGUAGACGUUAAAGACAAAUCGGAUGCAGAAGAACCUAAACAAUUAAAUGGAGAUGCUAAAAAGAAGACUUUAAGCAAACGACGGCGACGUCGACGUAUACUGUCUUCUGGGAGUUCUGAUAUUACAGAUGCAGAUACUGAAAGUAGUGAAGUAGAUACAGAUAAAUCAGAAUCAGAGGAUGAGAUAUCGGAUUCCACAUAUGAGUCAGAAGAUAACUCGAAAAGUGAAGGAUCAAUCUAUGAAGAAACAGAUAGUGAAGAUGUUCCAAUGAAUGGCAAUGGUGAUGAGCACAGAGAUGUUAAAGAAAUUGUAAAGGAUCCAAUAAUAAAAUCAGAAGACAGUAAUAGAAAAAGUGUCCCUAAUGUUGACACUAAAUUAGAUAUUGAAGGAAUACAAAACUUUCUGAUGGGUGAUAAUUUCUUGUCAAGUAUAAAAUUGUUACUAGAUUGGGUACUUUUAGAAAAAGACCUCAUACUUUCUUGUGGUGAAAGUGGUGAAUCAUUAUUUCAAUGUGUUGUGGACUUAUUGAAUAUAUUUCUACACUAUUUUCAUUACAAAAACCACAAUAACUUUCCAAAGGAGGAUUGUAAUAUUUUAAAUUAUGCUAAAAUUCUUGUUAAAAAAUUAAAACUUGAAUAUAAGACAAUUCCGUUGCCUGAAGAUAUUAAUUUGCGUGGCACAAAUAUUUGCAAAUUCGAUAAAGACGCAGCAGAAUGGCAGUUAUUAACUAAAUACAAACCAACAGUUUAUGAAGAGAAUGUUAUUAGAAUGCUAAAUUUCAUCGACUUUGGAUAUCAGAUUGCCAAGAUUGUACCCAGAAUAAGAUUCAACAGAUCAAUGAAAAUAUUCUAUUAUAAAAAGAAUUUACCACCGAAAAUCACCACCAAGGUUAACCAUAAAAAAACCAGAGAAUGGCACAAUUCCAAAAAACCUUUAGAAUCGCGAGAAGGAGGUCUCCUUCGCCGUCUUGGUCGUCUUUGGCUGGUUUCUCAAGUAAAAGAGCUGGAGCGCACAGGAACUACACCCGCGCCGUCUCUACUUGCAUUAGACACGGCUUCAUUGUACAAACAUUUAAAGAGGGUGAAGCAAUUAUUGAGAACAAGGAAUUUCAUAUUUCUGGUACCCACAGUUGUUUUACAAGAAUUGGACGAAUUGAAACGGGAACGUAGUUCUGCAAGAGAUGCAAUACGUUGGCUAGAAAUACAACUGAAGAGUGGAUCGCGUUUCCUUAAAACACAGCGGCCUGGACAGUUAAAACCGCUGCCUCUAUUGAAGUACCCACGUAAAUUACCACCACAUGUGCACAACUUCAUCCAGAUAUUGGAAUACUGCAACCAUUUUAUAGAGGAAGAGAAGCAAAGUCAAAUUGGUGGGACCGGAGAUCCUGAUAAUUCGGUCAACUCGAAAACAUCUUCACUACUAAUACUGCUAGUUGGUGAUGAGCCAGGAUCUAAUGAUGAACAAUUUAAAGAGUUCAGUAUGACAGGCGCUGCGCAGUCUGCUGGCAUUUCCGUGGAGUACAUUGGUGACUUUUACACAAAAUGGCGGCAAACUGUACAUAAGAGUGGCAAGAAAAGAUGAACGAUUUGCAUUCAAUCUCCGGUCUCGAUUGCAAUGAGUUGGAUAGAGGAAGGUGACAUACCUCUGAAGUAAUACCAUCUGGUAACGAUUGACAACGUUUAUAACACGCGAUUGCAUUGUUCGUAACGACUAAGACAUGAACAUUCGCUUUCUAGAUGGAAUAUAUUUUGAGGGUCGCUUUAAUGUCUUUAUAUUUUCGAUAUCAAUCCGCCGUUUAUACAUUGGUAUCUAUUUUCAAUGUAUUUUUGGGAAUUUUAUUUCAUUCAUCAUCUACUUUGUUAAAGGGUUCAUAAUCGCAUUUUCAUUUUUAUCCAUAUUUUUUUUUUCAUAAUCAUUUCUUCAUCAUUAUUUUGUAUUACAUUG